AUGUCAUCGGCUUUUUCUCCUCCGCCGCCAUCCAAUUCCGUUCCAGCUGAUGUUGAACUUUUCCCACCUCCGCGGCCACCUCCGACGCCGCCAUCUCCCUCCACACCUAUUUCGCCUGGGUCGGGGACUCGGAGCCCUCCAUCUACCACCCCAUCAAGCUCUUCACCGUCGCCAUCUUCUUCCUCUUCCGGCGGAUUAUCGGCGGGAGUGGUGGUCGGGAUCGCCAUCGGAGGAGUCGCUGUGGUUGUUGUAUUGACUUUGGUUUAUCUUUUUUGCAAGAAGAAAGGACGAAGAGACGAUGAAGCACCUCCUGCUCCCAAAGCUGGUCGGCAGCAACAACAAAAUGCAUCGCAACCGUCAGAUCAAGUGGAGAUGUCACGAUCACCACCGAAACCUCCAUCUCCCUCUCCACCACCACUUCCGUUGAAUGCCAUGACCAGCAGCGCCAGUUCCGAAUCAAACUACUCGGAUCAUUCAAUUCUUCCUCCAUCAUCUUCAGGGCUUGUUUUAGGCAUCUAUCAAGGCACUUUCGGUUAUGAGGAGCUAGCUAGAGCCACCAAUGGAUUCUCUGAGGCCAAUUUGUUAGGACAAGGCGGGUUCGGAUACGUUUUCAAAGGUACAUUGCGUAAUGGACAAGAAAUAGCUGUUAAACAGUUGAAAGCAGGGAGUGCUCAAGGAGAGAGAGAGUUUCAAGCUGAGGUCGGGAUCAUUAGCCGAGUUUACCAUAGGCAUUUGGUUGCUCUUGUCGGUUACUGCGUCGCCCGUGCUCAGAGAUUGCUUGUCUAUGAGUUUGUUCCUAACAACAAUCUUGAGUUUCACCUCCAUGGGAAGGGAAGGCCUCCAAUGGAAUGGAGCUUAAGAUUGAAGAUUGCUGUUGGUUGUGCCAAAGGAUUGUCUUAUCUUCAUGAAAAUUGCAAUCCUAAAAUCAUUCAUCGUGAUAUCAAGGCGGCAAACAUAUUGAUUGAUUUCAAUGGUGAAGCAAAGGUUGCCGAUUUUGGUCUUGCCAAAAUUGUUCCUGAUGCAAACACUCAUGUAUCUACACGCGUAAUGGGAACCUUUGGGUAUUUGGCUCCGGAAUACGCUGGAAGCGGAAAGCUCACAGAAAAGUCUGAUGUUUACUCAUUUGGUGUUGUACUUUUGGAGCUAAUCACCGGACGUCGCCCUUACGAGGCAUCCAAUGAUGAUAACUUGGUUGAUUGGGCACGACCAUUGCUUGACCAAGCAUCUGAGAAAGGAGACUUUGAGGUUGUGACCGAUACAAAACUGAGUAAUGAGUAUAACAGAGAAGAGAUGGGUCGCAUGGUUGCUUGUGCUGCAGCUUGCGUUCGUCAUACAGCUCGCCACAGACCUAGCAUGGACCAGGUUGCGCGUGUACUAGAUGGAAACGUACCACCGUCAGAUCUGGAGUAA